UGUAAUUACUAGUUACGGAGUUACCUUCUUGUCUCUUGUGCAGUAGCCAGUAAGUUGUGUAGUGUGUACCUGAGUGACCCGAUUUGUAUUCGGAAAAUUAUAAAAAUUUAAUCCAUAUUACCUAAUAUUAUUUCACAAUAAUAUUAUUAAUUUUAUUUGUAAGUUAUAUGUUUGAAAUUAACAUUGAAUGGUAGUUUUACCAAAAUGAACUGCAAUUUAUUAAAGUUAAGUGGUUUCAAGUUUCACAAAAGUUUGCUUAUAGUGUUAGGAAAACCAUCAUUCUCACAUUCAGCCGUUUCAUUAAAAAAUAAAUGCGGUUCAAAAGGUCCUCCUUGGCGCGUCAUGUUCUUUGGCAAUGAUGAUUUUUCGGUCAAAAGUCUUCAGAUGCUCACAUCAAAAAUGAGAACACAGACUAUAAUUUCCAAGGUAGAUGUUGUCACAACUUCUACGGGCAGUGGCAUCAAUGUCAAAAGUUUUGCAAAAGAAGAAAAAUUAGAUAUAUACGAUUGGCCUGUUAACACAACACUCUUGGAUGGAAAAUAUGAUAUUGGAGUGGUUGUGUCUUUCGGACGAUUAAUACCGGAAAAAAUUAUAAAAUGUUUUCCGCUAGGAAUGAUUAAUGUACACGCCAGUCUUUUACCCCGAUGGCGAGGAGCUGCCCCUAUAAUAUAUACUAUACUUAAUGGUGAUUUAACAUCUGGAGUAACAAUAAUGAAAAUCCAUCCUCGUAGGUUUGAUGUUGGUGAAAUUGUUAGACAACAUAGUUGUUCAGUUGACAAAGAUGAAACAGCUGAUGAACUAAAGAAGAAACUAUCGGAUAUGGGUGGACGUUUGUUAAUUGACUCAUUUAAAGAAUUAACUAGGAGUUUAAGGUACGCAGUACCACAAUCUGAAAAAGGGAUAACUUAUGCACCAAAAGUGGACAAAACCUUAUCCAUUAUUGAUUGGAAUGUUAUGGAUUCUAAUUCAGUUUAUAACAAAUAUCGAGCAUUGUGUGGCUUGUGGCCAUUAAUAACCACUUGGCAUGGUACAUCUGUAAAGUUGUUGAAAGUAUGCAUUUAUCAGAUGUCAAAUGCAGAAACUCAGUUACAACCAGGAGAUUUAGUAUAUGAUAAGCAAAGACAAAAAUUAUCUGUUAAAUGUGGUGGAAAAGGAGGUUAUGUGUCUAUUGAAAAACUUAAAAUUCCUGGGCAUAAAACAAUGUCAGGUAAAGAUUUUUUCAAUGGUUUUGUUUACAUGAAACCAAACAGUGAACGAAAAUUUGAUUGACAUAAUUAUGUAAAUUUGCAGUUAACAAAUCCUAUGUACUAGUAAAUAGGUAUUGGGAUUCUUUUAUUGUAUAAAAUGAUUGUAAAAUGUAUAUUUUAGAAUUUAGUUAUUAAUAAAAAAUGUUACCAAGUA